AUGGCCCAUCCUCUCCGCCUACCGGGCACCACUCCUCUCCCCGCGGCUCCCCCGGCGCUCGAAGCGGUGUCGCCCUUCGACAAGAUCGAAGGCCUCGACCGCGACGACUUCCGGGAGGCCGCGUACGAGGUGUUCUUCACGUCGUGCCGCGCGUCCCCGGGGUUCGGGGGGCGGAGCCAGAUCACGUACUACAACAGCUUGGAUGAGGGCGGCGACGGGUCGCCCAGGGGGGGCGGGGUGGGGAUGGCGGUGACCAGCCGGGUCAAGAGGGCGCUGGGGCUGAAGAUGCUGAGGCGGUCGACGUCGAGGCGGAGCAGCUCGUGGGGAUCAAACCCCUCUUCGCCGAGCGCCGGGAGCCCCAGGUCGUCGGUGGUGAGGAGGCGGCCCAUGACGUCGGCGGAGAUCAUGAGGCAGCAGAUGUGGGUGACGGAGCAGAGCGACAAUAGGCUGAGGAAAACCCUUAUGAGAACUCUUGUUGGACAAAUGGGGAGGCGAGCAGAGACGAUCAUCCUACCUCUAGAGCUGCUCCGCCAUUUGAAGCCUUCAGAAUUUGCGGACGCGGACGAGUACCACCAGUGGCAGAAGCGGCAGCUCCGAGUCCUCGAAGUCGGGCUCCUCCUCUUCCCCUCCAUCCCCCUCGACCCCUCCGAACCCUCCGCCGCCAAGCUCCGCUACAUCAUCGAAUCCGUCAAGAACAAGCCCCUUGACACCAGCAAGAACUCCGAGACCAUGCGAUCCCUAUGCAAUUCCGUGGUCUCCCUCGCCUGGCGCAGCACGGCGCCUAAGCCAGAGGGCCGGAAAACCGACGCCUCCCACUGGGCCGACGGGUACCCCCUCAACGCCGAGAUUUACAAGAGCCUCCUCCAAGCCAUCUUUGACAUCAGGGAUGAAACCCUAGUGUUGGACGAGGUGGACGAGAUGCUGGAGCUGAUGAAGAAGACGUGGUCGACGCUGGGGAUCAGCAAGCCCGUGCACAACCUGCUGCUGGCGUGGGUGUUCUUCGAGCAGUACGUGCGGACGGGCCAGGCCGAGGCGGACCUGUUUGCGGCGUCGCUGACGAUGCUGAGCACGGAGGUGGCGAACGACGCAAAGAAGGCGGGGAGGGAGGCCGGGUACAUGAGGAUGCUGGCGGAGAUGCUGGCCGCGAUGAACAAGUGGUGUGGGAUGAGGCUGGUGGACUAUCAUGGGAAUUUCGAUGAGGGGACGGUGAGGUUGAUGGAGAGUAUUCUGCCUUUGGUGUUUUCGGCGACCAAGAUAUUGGAGGAGGAUGUACACACUUAUAUUACUCCUCACUUGGAUAAGGGGGGAGAGAUUGAUUAUGAUUCUACUGGGAAUAAGGUUGAUUACUUUAUCAGAUCCUCUUCAAGGAAUGCCUUCGCUAAGAUGAUGGAGGAGCAGAAUGCAUCAAAUGUGGAGACACACAGAGUGAGCGAAAUGAUGAUAAAAUUAGCAAGAGAAACGGAGCAAGUUGCAUCAAAGGAGAAGGCCAUUUUCAGCCCGGUCACCAAGAAAUGGCACCCGAUCGCCGCGGGAGUCUCGGCAGUGACGCUGCACGCCUGCUACGGGACGCUGCUGCGGCAAUACCUCAACAGCUCCGCGGCCGCGCAGAUGAACGAGACGAUCCUGGUGCUGCAGAGAGCUGGGAAGCUUGAGAAGGCGCUGGUGCAGAUGGUGGUCGAGGAUUCUGUCGAGUGCGCAGACGGAGGCAAGGCCAUUGUUAGAGAGAUGCUCCCUUACGAAGUCGACGCCACUACACUCAGAUUCUUGAAACACUGGUUGCAGGAAAAGCUCAAGAUUGGCAAGGAUAAACUUCACACAGCUAAAGAAACUGAAACAUGGAAUCCGAAAUCAAAAUCAGAACCAUAUUCUCAUUCAGCUGAGGACAUAAUCAAGUUUUGCAAGGAGACUAUUGAGAAUUUCUUCGAGAUUCCGAUCAAUGUAUCGGAAAGUGUAGUCUAUGAUUUGACCGAAGGCUUGGAACACCUUUUGGCAGAAUACAUCACAUUUAUUGCUUCAUGCGGAUCAAAGCAGAGUUACCUCCCAACGCUUCCACCCCUAACCCGAUGCAGCAAAGGCUCGAAGUUUGUCAAACUGUGGAAGAAAGCCGCGUGCAACGUGGGAACAGAGCAACAAGAAGCGAACCAGAGCAACACGGCAGGGGCAGGCGCGGGCGCAGCGGAGGAAGGGAACUGGAACCCUCGUCCAUCGACGAGCCGCGGGACGCAGCGCCUCUACAUCCGUCUCAACACCCUACACUACCUCACAAAGCACCUCCACUCAUUAGAAAAGACGCUCUCCCUCUCCCCGAAGGUGACCCCUUCGAAGAGCCGGCGUCGCCGCCACUCGUACUUCGAGCACACGAGGUCGGCCAUCCAGGCGGCGCAGCAGCACGUGGCGGAGGUGGCCGCCUACCGCCUGGUGUUCCUCGACUCCAGCUCGGUCCUCUACGGCAGCCUCUACAACCCGGACGUGGGCGCCGCGCGGAUCAGGCCGGCGCUGCGGGUAAUGAAGCAGAACCUGACCCUGCUGUGCGCGAUCGUGACGGAGCACGUGCAGGGGGCGGCGGUGAGGCACGUGAUGGCGGCGUGCUUCGAGGCGUACCUGAUGGUGCUGCUGGCCGGGGGGAGCUCCAGGAUCUUCUACCGAGCUGACCACGCUAUGAUCGAGGAGGAUUUCGAGGGGCUGAGGGGGCUCUUUGGGGAGGGGCUGGAUGAGGUGGCGGGAGCGGAGGCGGUGGAAGGGGUGGUGGCGCUGAUGGAGCAGACGACGGAGCAGUUGGUGGAGGAUUUGAGCGUGUUGGCGGGGGCGGGGGUGGCGGGGCAGAAGAUGGCGAUGCCGCCGACGACGGGGAAGUGGAGCCGGACUGAUCCGAAUACUAUAUUGAGGGUGCUUUGCCAUAGGAAUGAUCGAGCUGCCAAUAGCUUUCUCAAGAGAACGUUCCAUCUAGCCAAGAGGAAUGGCUCCCUUUGAACAAUUUUUGUUACUGUGUACAUAUAUAAA